CAUUGCACUAUUAGUAUUACUAGAACCAGCAUCAUUGCAGGGAUAAUUGAAUGGCAUCUACCACAGGAGGAUCCUCUUCUUCCAUCUUAAACUCAAGAUGGAUCAACCAUGUUUUCUUGAGUUUUAGGGGUGAUGACACACGCAAGGGUUUCACAGACCAUCUUUUUGCUUCACUAGAAAGAAGGGGUAUCAAAACAUUCAAGGAUGAUCAUGAUCUUGAGAAGGGAGAAGUGAUAUCAUUAGAGCUCAUGAAAGCCAUUGAAGAGUCCAUGUUUGCACUCAUUAUUCUCUCACCAAACUAUGCUUCCUCAACAUGGUGUCUGGAUGAGUUACAAAAGAUUGUUGAAUGCAAGGCUUCUAAUGGUCAAGCCGUUUUUCCUAUCUUCUAUGGUGUAGACCCCUCUGAUGUAAGGCAUCAAAAAAGAAGCUUUGCCAAAGCUUUUAGAAAACAUGAAGAGAAAUUCAGAGAGGAUAGAAAGAAGGUGCAAAGGUGGAGACAUGCCUUAAGAGAAGUUGCAAGUUACUCUGGUUGGCACUCCAAGGAUCUGCAUGAGUCAGAAUUGAUUGAAACAAUUGUUGGGCACAUACAGAAAAGAUUAAUUCCUAGAUUGGCAUCUUGCAUGGAUAACCUUGUUGGGAUUGAUUCACGGAUGCAGGAAGUUAAUUCACUCAUAGGCAUACGGUUAAAUGAUGUUCGCUUCAUAGGAAUAUGGGGCAUGGGAGGCAUAGGUAAGACAACUAUUGCUAGAUUAGUCUAUGAAGCAAUUAAAGAGGAUUUCAAGGUUAGUUGCUUCCUAGAAAACAUUAGAGAGGUGUCUAAGACAAAUGGUUUAGUUCACAUCCAAAAGGACCUUCUUUCUCAUCUUAAUAUAAGAAACAACGAUUUUUAUAAUUUUCAUGAUGGGAAAAAGAUAAUAGCAAACUCUUUAAGCAACAAAAAGAUUCUUCUUGUUCUUGAUGAUGUGAGUGAAUUAAGCCAACUGGAGAAUUUAGCUGGAAAGCAAGAAUGGUUUGGUCCAGGAAGUAGAGUAAUCAUCACAACAAGAGAUAAGCACCUACUAGUGACCCAUGGAGUGCAUAAAACAUGUAAGGCUAGAGGCUUAUCCCAAAAUGAAGCCCUUAAGCUUUUCUGUUUGAAAGCAUUUAAACAAGAUCAACCUAAAGAAGAGUAUUUGAGUUUGUGCAAAGAAGUGGUUGAAUAUACAAAAGGCCUUCCAUUGGCACUUGAGGUAUUGGGUUCCUAUCUUCAUGGAAGAACCGUUGGAGUUUGGCAUAGUGCUUUAGAACAAAUAAGAAGUUUUCCACACUCCAAAAUCCAAGAUACACUGAAAAUAAGUUAUGACAGUUUACAACCUACGGAGAAAAAUAUGUUUCUAGAUAUUGCUUGUUUCUUCAAAGGGAUGGACAUAAAUGAAGUAAUAAAUAUAUUAGAAAAUUGUGGUGAUCAUCCCAAAAUCGGAAUUGACAUUUUGAUUGAAAGAUCUUUGGUAACUCUAGAUAGGAUGAAUGGCAAGUUAUGGAUGCAUGAUUUGCUACAAGAAAUGGGCAAGAAUAUUGUAUUUCAGGAAUCUCCAAAUGAUCCUGGCAAACGUAGUAGGUUGUGGUCUCAGAAAGACGUUGAUCAUGUAUUGACAAAAAAUAAGGGAACUGAUGAAAUUCGAAGCAUAGUUCUGAACUUAGUUCAACCAUACGAAGCACGUUGGAGGGCUGAAGCCUUUUCCAAGAUAAAUGAGUUAAGGUUACUCAAGUUAUGCGACAUGCAACUUCCACUUGGCCUCAAAUGCCUUCCUAGUGCAUUGAAAGUUCUUCAUUGGAGAGGAUGUCCUUUGAAAACCCUGCCACUUGAUAAUCAAUUAGAUGAAGUUGUUGACCUCAAAUUGCCUCAUAGCAGAAUAGAACAACUUUGGCAUGGGACAAAGUUUAUGGAAAAGCUGAAGUCCAUUGAUCUGAGUUUUUCCAAGAACCUAAAGCAGUCCCCGGAUUGUGUUGGAGUUUCAAAUCUUGAAUCAUUGGUUCUUGAAGGUUGCAUAAGUUUAACUGAGGUUCAUCAGUCCCUUGUACACCAUAAGAAACUUGUUCUGAUGAAUUUAAAAGAUUGCAGAAUGCUCAAAUCUCUUCCAAGAAAAAUGGAGAUGAGUUCCUUGAAAAAUUUAAGUCUUUCUGGUUGCUCUGAAUUUAAAUAUCUUCCAGAAUUUGGGGCAUGCAUGGAACAUUUGUCAAUGCUUUCUUUAGAGGGAACUGCUAUAACAAAACUACCCUCAUCACUCGGAUGUCUAGUUGGCCUUGCACUUUUGGAUUUAAAGAAUUGCAAGAACCUUGUUUGCCUUCCAGAUACCAUUCAUAAAUUAAAGUCCCUCAUAGUGUUGAAUGUUUCUGGUUGCUCAAAAAUCCAUAGCUUGCCAGAGAGUUUAAAGGAAAUCAAGUGUUUGGAGGAACUUAACGCAAGUGAAACUGCUAUUGAAGAGCUACCUUCAUUUGUCUUUUCUCUUGAAAACCUCAAAGAAAUCUCAUUUGCUGGGUGCAAAGGGCCAGUAUCUAAGUCAAUGAACAUGUUUUUUCACCCCUUUAAGUGGAUGUUUGGGAAUCAGCAAGCUCCAACUGGAUUUAGAUUGCCACCUUCUAUAUUGGGUCUACCCUCUUUGAGCUAUAUAAAUUUAAGUUACUGUAAUCUAUCUGAAGAAUCAAUCCCAGAUUAUUUUUGUCACUUAUCUUCAUUAUUGAUGCUAGAUCUCACUGGCAACAAUUUUGUUAGUCUACCAAGUUGUAUUUCCAAACUCUCAAAGCUUAAAUAUCUUAGGGUAAACUGGUGUAAAAAGCUUCAAAAGUUGCCAGAACUUCCAUCAAGCAUAAGAGAAUUGGAUGCAAGCAAUUGUGCUUCACUGGAAACUUCCAAAUUCAAUCCAUCCAAUCCAUGCAGUCUCUUUGCAUCACCAACAACAUGGUACAUGCCAAGUGAACUAAAAAAGUUUUUAGAGUUACAGGCAGCAUGUCUCCCCAGAGCAAGAUUUGACAUGCUUAUCACAGGGGGUGAAAUUCCAUCAUGGUUUGUUCCUCAAAAAUGUGUUUCCUUUGCAAAAGUAUCAGUCCCUCAUAAUUGCCCUCUAACUGAAUGGGUGGGAUUUGCUCUGUGUUUCAUGUUAGUAAGUUAUGAUGAUCCACCUGGAGUGUGUCCUCAUGAAGUUGAUUGUUACUUGUUUGGACCUAAUGGUAAGAUGUUUAUCACCUCCAGGGAUUUACCUCCUAUGGAGCCAUAUUACCCUCACCUUUAUAUUCUUUAUUUGUCCAUUGAUAAAUUUCGUGACAGAAUUUAUGGAGGUGGUGCCGGCAGUGAAAUUGAAUUUGUAUUGAAAAGUUAUUGCUGCUAUUCAUUGCAAAUAGUGAGAUGUGGAUGCCGUUUGGUAUGUAAGCAAGAUGUUGAAGAUAUAUACAGAAAUAAUUUCUUGUAGCUUGUGAUAUAGUAGGUUCUUGACAAUAGUGAAGAGCGUGGAUUUAUCAAUAAGAUGGUGUGCUUUAUUUGGCAAAUUCUCAUGGAAUUACUAAUAAGCCUUAUUUG